CGGCAUUCUGCAGAGAAAGGCAGAGAGGAGGAGGUUAGGGAGGGAGUAGAAAGAAAGCGAGGAGAAGUCCUUGCCGGUCAGCUGGCUGUUUGAAAGACCACUAAAGAGGGAGCUCAUGCUGUUUUCCUCCUGCUAUCAGACAAAUGCAACUUCUGUCAAACUGGGAUUUUCCUCCUUGCUGAUUUUGACAGCCUCUUGGAUUCGAGGUGCUUAUUAGCUGCUCCAACCACCUGGAGAGGCAACUUUGAACCUGCAUGGAUUACAUACCUUACGCAGAGACUGCUCUGCUGCGUGCUGCAUACGAUCAUCGUGUCUUUUCUGUCGACAGUGCAGAAAGCUGGCAGUGAGUUGAGGGUAUAAAGGGAAUGAUCAGAGCACAACAUCGGCGAGCUCACUUCUGGACAGGUGCUCUCUGACGGAGGCCAAACUCUGAGGUGGAGGAGGCUAUAAAGAGGCUCUGAGGGAGCCUCCCACCCUCCCUACCUAACCAGGUGGAAGCAUCGGUCAGCCAUGGCUCCUCGGAAGCGUGGGGGUGGUGGCCGCGGGGGCCUCUCUUUCAUCUUCUGCUGUUUUAACAGCAGCGAUCACCCGGAGAUCACUUACAGGCUGCGGGAGGACUUCGCCCUGCAGGCCAUGGAGCCGGCACUGCCGAUGCCAGGAUACGAUGAACUGGAUGGCAUGUUCUCUGAGUUGGUGGAUGAGCUUGACCUGACGGAGAAACACAGGGAAGCCAUGUUCGCCCUACCGGCAGAGAAGAAAUGGCAGAUCUACUGCAGCAAAAAGAAGGAACAAGAGGAAAACAAAAGUGCGACUAGUUGGCCUGAAUUCUACAUUGAUCAGCUCAAUUCAAUGGCAGCUAGAAAGACGCUCCUUACUCUGGAGAAAGAAGAGGAGGAGGAGAGGAACAAGACCAUAGAAAGCUUGAAGACGGCUCUAAGGACACAGCCAAUGAGGUUUGUGACUCGCUUCAUCGACCUGGACGGCCUGACAUGCAUCCUGAACUUCCUGAAGAGUAUGGACUAUGAGACCACCGAGUCGCAGAUCCACACCUCUCUGAUUGGGUGCAUCAAAGCCCUGAUGAACAACUCGCAGGGCCGAGCACACGUCCUCUCUCACUCUGAGAGCAUCAACAUUAUCGCCCAGAGCCUGGCCACAGAGAACAUAAAGACCAAGGUGGCAGUGCUGGAGAUCAUGGGCGCUGUGUGUCUGGUGCCCGGUGGGCACAAAAAAAUCCUGGAGUCCAUGCUGCAUUACCAGCGCUUUGCCUGCGAGAGGACGCGCUUCCAGACACUUAUAAAUGAUCUUGACCGGAGUACAGGGCGAUACAGAGAUGAGGUCAACCUGAAAACAGCUAUCAUGUCUUUUAUUAAUGCUGUGCUGAGUCAAGGAGCUGGAGAGACAAGUUUGGAAUUCCGUAUCCACCUCCGAUAUGAGUUUCUUAUGCUGGGCAUCCAACCUGUGAUCGACAAGCUUCGUUCUCAUGAAAACUCAACAUUAGAUAGACAUUUAGACUACUUUGAAAUGCUGCGGAAUGAGGAUGAGCUGGCUUUGUCAAAACGAUUUGAGUCGGUACAUAUAGAUACCAAAAGUGCCACCCAAGUUUUUGAUCUCAUCCGCAAGAAGAUGAACCACACAGACGCAUACCCGCACUUUAUGUCUGUCCUGCAUCACUGUCUCCUCAUGCCACACAAGAGAAGUGGUAACACGGUGCAGUACUGGCUGCUGUUGGAUCGCAUCGUCCAGCAGAUGGUCUUGCAGAACGACAAAGGUCAUGAUCCCGAUGUCACACCACUGGAGAAUUUUAACGUGAAGAAUGUUGUCCGGAUGCUGGUCAAUGAAAAUGAAGUCAAACAGUGGAAAGAGCAGGCCGAGAAAAUGAGAAAAGAACACCACGAGUUGCAACAGAAGUUUGAGAAGAAGGAGCGCGAAUGUGACGCAAAGACGCAGGAGAAAGAGGACAUGAUGCAGACUCUCAAUAAGAUGAAAGAGAAGUUGGAAAAGGAGAGCACGGAGCACAAGAGCGUCAAACAGCAAGUGGCCGAACUCACUGCUCGACUGCAUGAACUCAGCACUAGACAGGCAGCUGUCGUUCCUGGAGGCCCUCCCCUCCUUCCGGGUCCCCCCGGCGGCCCUCUGCCUCCUCCACCCAUGCCAGCUUUUGGAGGUCUGUGUCCUCCUCCCCCGCCUCCUCCUCCUGGUGGUAUGAUGCCUCCUCCACCUCCUCCGCCACCUCCUCCAGGCGGCCCUCCACCUCCUCCUGGGCGUCCACCCAUCGGUGGCAUCCCUCCGCCACCAGGAGCGCCACUGGGACCGUCCAUGAAGACGAAGAACAUUCCUCAGCCGUCCCAUCCGCUCAAAUCCUUCAACUGGUCCAAGUUGGCUGAAAAUAAACUGGAGGGAACUGUGUGGAUGGACGUUGACGAUGGCAAGGUCUUUAAAAUCCUGGAUCUGGAUGAUCUUGAAAAGACCUUCUCAGCCUAUCAGAGGCAGCAGGACUUCUUUACGAUCAAUAACAGCAAACAGAAAGAGGCAGAGGACGACACGCUGAGCUCGAAAAAAGUCAAGGAGCUCUCAGUCAUUGACGGCCGUCGAGCUCAAAACUGCAACAUCCUCCUUUCGAGGCUGAAGCUCUCAAAUGAGGAGAUGAAGAGAGCCAUUUUAACCAUGGACGAACAGGAGGACCUUCCCAAAGACAUGCUGGAACAGCUGCUGAAGUUUGUCCCGGAGAAGAGCGACGUCGAUCUGCUGGAGGAGCACAAACACGAGCUCGACAGAAUGGCAAAACCCGACCGUUUCCUCUACGAGAUGAGCAGAAUAAACCACUACCAGCAGCGGCUGCAGUCUUUGUACAUCAAGAAGAAGUUUGCAGAGAGGAUAGCUGAGAUUAAACCCAAAGUUGAAGCUCUGACAAAGGCAUGUAAGGAGAUCUUGCACAGCAGAAACCUGAAGCAGCUGUUGGAGGUGGUGCUGGCCUUUGGAAACUACAUGAACAAGGGUCAGAGAGGAAACGCUUACGGCUUCAAGAUGUCUUCACUCAACAAGAUCGCCGACACCAAGUCCAGUAUCGACAAAAACAUCACUCUACUGCACUACAUGAUUACUAUUCUGGAGAAGAAAUAUCCCAAAGUCCUGAUGUUCCAGAACGACCUGCAGAGCAUCUCAGAAGCAGCCAAAGUCAACAUGACAGAACUGGAAAAAGACAUUGGCACCCUGCGCAGCGGCUUGAAAAGCGUCGAGAGCGAGCUGGAAUACCAGAAGAAGCGACCGCAGGAGCUGGGCGACAAAUUUGUGUCUGUGGUGAGUCAGUUCAUCACUGUGGCCAGCUUCAGCUUCUCCGACGUGGAGGACUCUCUCACUGAGGCCAAAGAGCUGUUCCUCAGGGCAGUAAAGCACUUUGGUGAAGAUGCCAGUAAGAUGCAACCAGAUGAGUUCUUCGGCAUCUUUGACCAGUUCCUGCAGUCGUUCGCCGAGGCUCAGCAGGAGAACGAGAACAUGCGCAAACGCAAAGAAGAGGAGGAGCGCAGGGCAAAGCUGGAGGCCCAGCUCAAAGAACAGAGAGAGCGGGAAAGAAAGGCCCGGAAAGCAAAGGCGAACGGGGAGGACGACGGUGGCGAGUUCGACGACUUGGUCUCCGCGCUGCGAUCCGGUGAAGUCUUCGACAAGGACUUAUCCAAGAUGAAGCGCAACCGCAAGCGCAUCAACAACCAGAGCACAGACUCGAGUAGAGAGCGACCGGUCACAAAGCUCAACUUCUAAAGCCGGGAUUGAGCUCAUCGUCCCUGUUUCACUCAACCCCCUCCUCAGCCCUGCUCAUCUAUAGCUUCACUCUGGGUCAAAGUGACAUCCACAUUCCUCCUCCUCCUCCUCCUCCUUCACUCCCGCACCAGCUCCGCCUGAAUGAACCUUGGCCUUGCAUCACCGCAGCAGAGCCACACACAUAGCACAACACAUUUGGACCUUUCAUCUUCUUAGAUUAUGACGUUAAGCAAAGCAGAAGCCAAAAACUGUCAUUAACGACCAAAUAAUCCUAUAAAUCCUGCUGUGGGGUCGUGCUGGUCGAAAUGAAAUGUUUCUAAGAGGUUGUUAAGCAGGAUCAAGAUGUCGUGAUUUGUUUCAGGUGUAAAUGAUGGUCAUGGUCUUUUGACAGGACGCGUUCUGCGCUUCUUCUUCUUUAGUUUGUUUUUGUACGUCCGAUUGUUAUGCACCGAGCUCAUUGUGCAGCUCUUAGACUCCUUCAGGACUUGAUGCUUGAUCCAAACAGGAAGACGAUUCCGUUGAAAACACAAGGGGCCAUUUUGUACAGACUGUAUUUCAUAGAUUGAGAGAGCGGCUGCGUUCACGCGCCUGUGUUCAAGUGACGUGAACAUUUUUGUAGAAAGACUGAAUCUGAACUUCCUCCUGACGCUCUCUCUCGCAGCGUGGACGCUGCAUCCUGAACCAGAUGUAGUUUUGACAGCAAGCGAUGCAGAAGCAGAGGUGCAGCCAUGCAGCAUUUAUAAAUCUGUAUGUUUUAUUUGAAUUGUCCUUUUUUUUUUUGUUUCUUGUUAAGAGCUGGCCUUAACUCUGUUGAUUUCAAUUGUUGAGUGGGUACUCUCAUGGGCCUGGGCCUAAUCUGCAAUUUCUCAACAAGUGUGGACACUCGUCUCAUAAAUGACAUAUAUAUCUAUAUAUAAGGUCGUGUGCUUGUUAUACACGCACAUAUGAAUUCAUAUUUACUAUGCUUAAUGCCAUUAAAACCAUACCCAAUCAAUGCAAUAUACCUGUUUGCCCCUCUGAAGGGAGUGUCCCCUCUUUAUUGUUUGUGUUUGAAUAGAUGAAACAUGUUUCCUGAGUGCUGGCUGAAUUCACAACGCAUUAAAACGUGUGCGUGUGUGAGUCCACACAGCGUCAGACCCUUCACUGAACUUUUAUAAUUUAAAUAUCGCCUUUUCCUUGUACAAUGACCUGAUAAAAAUAAAUGGGAGAAUACAA